AUACACGUAAUUGAAUAUCUGUCAUUCGUGUCCACAUUGUUUCGUAUACAUUGUUUAGAGUUUUUCAAUAAUAAAGAUUGUUUUGUGAAAGAAAUUAAAUAUACAUAUAUAUAUACCUAUAUGUAUGAAAUAAUAAUGCAUACGAGACGAGUGUUGCAGUUAAAUCUCAUACUUUAUUGUAUGUAGCAAAAAACAAUCCUCCUCUUGACAUUCCCGUAUAGUAAGAACUUUGUUGAUUUGAUUCGAUCUUCUAUAUAGUAUUCGCUAUAUAAACUCACGGCCUUGUUAAAUGUGCUUUAAACUGUAGAUUUACGACCUUCUUUUAAUGUUCUUCGUUUAUAAGUAACAAUUAUUCUCGUCGAUAACUGCUUAUACGUGCAGAUUGUAUCAUGCAUUCGUCAGGAAGUGCAUAAAAUAUAAAAAUUUUUGGAGAAACAAUGUCUCCUAAAAGUGAAGAACCCCUUGGGGAAGAGAUUAUGUGGCUGACAACAGCCGAAGCAGCGAGUCUUGGUGCUGAAGAAGUUGCUGCUCGAUUACAUGUUGAUUCGAGAACAGGACUUUGGUGGCAAGAGGCCGAUCAAAGAAAACAACUAGCUGGUUUCAAUGAAUUAUGUCUAAAAGAAGAGGAGCCAACGUGGAAAAAAUAUGUUGAGCAGUUUAAAAAUCCACUUAUUUUAUUAUUAUUGGGUUCUGCGGUUGUUAGUGUUUGUAUGAGGCAAUUUGAUGAUGCUGUCAGCAUAACAGUGGCCAUAAUCAUAGUAGUAACUGUUGCAUUUGUGCAAGAAUAUCGUUCAGAGAAAUCUCUAGAAGAAUUAAGUAAACUUGUGCCUCCAACAUGUCACUGCCUAAGGGAGAGUCGUCUGGAAACAUUUUUAGCGCGGAAUUUAGUUCCUGGCGAUGUUAUUUAUUUGAAUAUUGGCGACAAAGUCCCAGCUGAUGUUCGUUUAUUUGAAUCAAUAGAUUUAGCUAUUGAUGAAAGUAGUUUUACUGGAGAAACAGAGCCUGCUCAAAAAUCAACGGCUCCAUUGCUUAAGGCUGAUGAACAUUCUUCGAAAGGAAAUAUUGCAUUUAUGGGAACUCUUGUGCGAUGUGGUCAUGGAAAAGGAAUUGUCGUAAAUACAGGUGAAAAAAGUGAAUUUGGCGGAGUUUUUAAAAUGAUGCAAGCCGAAGAUGCACCAAAGACACCAUUACAAAAAAGUAUGGAUAUUUUGGGAGCUCAACUUUCAUUUUAUUCAUUUUUUAUUAUUGGCAUUAUUAUGAUAUUGGGAUGGGUACAAGGAAAAGCACUUCUUGAAAUGUUUACUAUAAGUGUUAGUUUGGCGGUUGCUGCUAUUCCCGAGGGUCUACCAAUUGUCGUAACUGUUACUCUUGCUCUUGGUGUAAUGCGAAUGGCAAAAAGAAAAGCAAUCGUUAAAAAAUUACCCACUGUCGAAGCUCUAGGAUGCGUGAAUGUCAUUUGUUCUGAUAAAACUGGAACUUUGACAAAAAAUGAAAUGACUGUUACAAUACUCAUUACAUCGGAAGGCUAUGUUGCUGAUGUUAGUGGAACUGGCUACAAUAAUGUGGGAGAAUUACGAUUACGAAAAUGUGACAAUGCCGAAUUAGCACGAACUGCUAUAAAUAAUAUGCUUGAGGUUGGAUGUGUUUGUAACAAUGCUGUUAUUCAAAAUGAUACUUUACUCGGUCAACCAACUGAAGGAGCAAUAUUAUCUGUUGCUAUGAAACAUGGAAUGUAUGGAGUAGCUGAGAAAUUUCUUCGCCUUCAGGAAUAUCCAUUUUCGUCGGAACAAAAGAUGAUGGCUGUUAAAUGUUCUCCUAAAUAUGGAGAAAACAGACAAGAAGUUUUCUUUGUAAAGGGAGCCUUGGAGAAAAUUCUACCGCAGUGCACAAAAUACUCAGCAAAUGGACAAUUGUAUCCGCUAAAUCAAAAAAAAGAUCAGGAACUACUUGCCGAGGCUUAUGAAAUCGGACAGCAAGGUUUAAGAGUGAUUGGAUUGGCUCGUGGAUCUUCACUUCAGGAUCUUGUUUAUGUGGGUAUGGUUGGUAUUUGUGAUCCACCAAGACCACAUGUUCGUGAAGCAAUUACAACUUUAAUGAAUAGUGGAGUUACAGUGAAAAUGGUUACUGGAGAUGCUAAAGAAACAGCUUGUGCCAUAGCAAAUAUGAUUGGUUUAGAUACAUUGCAUAAAAAAGUUAUGUCGGGCAAUGAAAUUGAUGCCAUAUCAGAACGUCAAUUAGAGGAAGUGAUCGACAAUGUCAGUGUGUUUUAUCGUGUCACUCCAAAACAUAAAUUGUGUAUUGUUAAGGCUUUGCAAAAAGGAGGAAAUAUCGUUGGCAUGACGGGCGAUGGUGUAAAUGAUGGAGUUGCUUUGAAAAAAGCUGAUGUUGGAAUUGCCAUGGGCAAAAAUGGAACAGACGUUUGUAAAGAAGCGGCUGACAUGAUUCUCGUUGAUGACGAUUUUCAAACAAUUAUUGGCGCUAUCGAGGAAGGAAAGGGAAUUUUUUACAAUAUUCGAAAUUUCGUGAGAUUUCAACUUAGUACAAGUAUAGCGGCAUUAUCGUUAAUUGCACUCGCGACUCUAAUGAGUAUUCCAAAUCCUUUGAAUGCAAUGCAAAUUCUUUGGAUUAAUAUUAUUAUGGAUGGUCCACCAGCACAGAGUCUCGGUGUAGAACCAGUUGAUAAAGAUGUUUUAAAUCAGAAACCUCGUAACGUGAAAGAGCCAAUGAUCACAAAAAGUCUUGUUGUCAAUGUUUUAUUAUCGGCCACAAUUAUAAUUAUUGGUACUCUUUGGGUUUAUAAUAGAGAGAUGACAUCGGGAGGAAUUACGGCUCGUGAUACAACUAUGACAUUUACAUGUUUUGUAUUUUUUGACAUGUUUAAUGCCUUAAGUUGUCGUUCUCAGACCAAGUCAGUAUUUACAAUUGGCUUCUUUAGUAACAAAAUGUUUCUGGUAGCCGUGACUCUAUCAGUGGUAGGACAAUUGUUAGUUAUUUAUUUUCCACCUCUUCAAAGAGUAUUUCAAACAGAAGCUUUGACGUCGAAAGAUAUUGUAUUUUUGGUGUCAUUGACGUCGAGCGUUUUUAUUAUCAGUGAGAUAAAGAAAUUCUUCGAGCGACAAGUUAGUCGACGUCGCAGUGGAGCAAAGCAAUAUAGUAAGUUUGGCAUGGAUUUUGUAUGACAUUUAAAACGCUCCAAAACCGAACAAGUCAAAAUUCGCGUACAGUGAAAAGACUACAAGACGGGGAGCGCUAUCAGUAUUUCGAAAAAAAAUACCAAUAACAUUCUUUAACUCUCAUUUUCUCGUGUUCAAAACUCAGAAUCACAUUCCAGAAUCGUUCUCAAGCAACGAAAAAAGAAACAAACAACUGAUUUAUAUAUAUAUAUAAUAAUACGAAUUUUGCACUAUUUUCAUAACUUUCCUAUAUAUAUAAAAAAAUAAUCAAUUCACUUCUUGUCAUUUAUGAAAAGAGAGACAAAGAGAGGCAUUUUUCGAACAUUUUCUCUCUUGAAUAGAGUAGUUUUUAACACUGUGACGUGCACGGACCAUAUUUUGUCCCAAUUGCAUUUGAUUUGUUAAACUAUUGCACUGUGCUUGUAUUUUUCAAUAGUGUCAUUUUUUUUUGUUUAUAUAUUUAAUAUGAUGAGAGGUGAUAGCGAUUCUAUAUAGAAAAAAAUUCUAUUACAAUUAAUUUUAUAGGGAAAAAAUUUUACAUUUAGACGAGUAUUAUUCUAAAUUCUAUACAUUAGAAGUAAAUAAAGUAAUUUAAAAAAAUUUGUUUAAUUCUACAUUGUAAAAUUUUACAUAAAUUAUUUUGUUUUUUUUUUUUUUUAAUAAAUUUUUAACUCUACUCUGUUAAAUUAAACAUCAGAAAACUCUACUUACUAUUUUAAAUAAUAAAUUUGUUAAUUUAUUAUAAAAUAAAAUUUUUCACAAUACAAUAAAUUUUAUAUAAGAAAAAAAAUUGUACACAAAAAUUUUUAAUCAUUUUACAAUUUAAUAAAUUUUAAUUCUUUACUAUUAAAUUCUAAAAAUAAUACAAUUAAUAAGUUUAAUUAAAUUAAACUUUAUUUUAUUUCACUACAAUAUGUAAUUUUUUCGUGUACAGUUUAUUAGAGUAUUAAUUUUUGUCUAUUUUCAUAGAAUUGCUACCAUCUCCUAUGAUGACCAAAUGUUUUACAUUUUACACUAUAAUAUAUUUAUAUUGUGAUAGUCAUGAAAACGUGCAUUUGCGUGUACGACGUGAUAAUUUUAAACAAGUUAGUGCAUUUGAUUUAUUAAAAAAAAAUAUAUAUAUGGAAAUCAAAUAAUUUCACUCAUGUACAGAGAAAUUUUGACGAUUUUUAUCUCUUAUCAAUUGAUCGAAUUAUUACUGUUGGAAGUACAGUGUUGGGCAAAAUUUUAGGUACAUUUAAAAAAAAAAUUAUUUUAUUGCUUUUUAUUCCCAUAUACUGUCCUUUAUAUAUUUAUUAUUAUUUAGAAAUUGUUUUAAUUAAUAGAUAAUUUUUAUUUGUUACUCGUUAUUUUUAUCUACCAUUUUAUUUUUUAAAUAGAAAAUUUAAUUUUUAUUUUAUUAAAACAAUUUUUGUUGGGCAAUUUAGUAGAAUUUCUUUUAGUCACACUCUGUUAUUAAUAAUAAAAUAUAGGAUAAAUUUUUUUUCACUUUACAUAAGCGCACAUUAAAUUGAAUAUAUAUAUAUAUUUUUGUAAUAAUUGAAAAUUAAUUUUUCUUAAUUAUAGUUAUAUUUAUAAGUUAAAUAGAAAAAAAACUACUAUAAAUCAAGAAAAUCAAAAUUUCUAUAUUUAUUUAUUAUUUAAAGUUAAAAUUAUCUUCAAUAUUUAUAUACAUAUUGCUCAUAUUUGUAUUCUGUUAUAAAAUUUUAUUAUAAAGAGUGUUAAAUAAUUUUUUUGGCACUUAUUUACAAAUGUAUUGAAUUAUAUAGAUAUAUGUAAAAUUUAAUAAUUAAAGGAAUUGAAAGUCAAUUUUAAUAAAAUAAUGAUUAAAAAUUAUAAAAGUAUUAUUAAGAUCGAAUUUUAUUAAAACAAUAAAAAAAAUUAUUUGCCCAACACUGUAUAUAUUGAUAUUUUUUAUUUGCUAAAAUAAAAAUUGGUGCUUUUAUUCAAUAAAUAACUGAGUAUAUUCGAUCUUUUUGAAUGCUGUGAAACUGUAAUAUUAUGUGAAUCUCAAUGAACAAAAUGAGAUUUUCAAUAAUUAAUGCUAAUCCAGAAGAUGUCGCAAAUGUUUCAUUUUACAAAAAUUUUUAAACAUUUAUUGCUCAAUUAUAUAUUUUGUACAAAGAUUUUAAUUUAUUUCAUAUAUAUUUAAAUAAAUUAAGAAUGAAUCAUAUCAUA